CAACAUGGCGGCGCCCAGGGCGUCCCUGCACCUGGUGGCAGCCAUAUGGAAUGGGAGUACCAGGAGCAUCCAUGGCCUGGGUGGAGCAGUGGCCCCAGAGGGCAAUCAGAAGAAGAAGACACUGCUCCAGUUCUUGGCUGGCUACUUCUAUGAUGUGGAGUAUCUGAGGGAGUACCUCCUCCAAAAUCAGAUGUUGUUACUGCACAAGAAAAAUCGAUCCCUCGCGCACAUUUCGGAGAAUUAUGGCCCAUACAUCACAGGUGCCUUUUUCAUCCUGCAUCUGGGAGGUGCGGUCAGGUUUCAGAAUAAAGAAUGGAUCAGGCUAAAUAAGCGUGGCCAGUUCCCUCUUGAGUUCUUAAAGUUUCAGAAGGUACCUAUAGAGGCCGUGGAUGCCAGUGGCUGUGACAUCAACUAUGAGGGCCUGGACAACCUCUUGCCCCUGAAGGAGCUCCAGUCCUUGUCAUUGCAGCGCUGCCCCUAUGUGGACGACUGGUGUCUCAACCGCCUCUACCCUCUGGCCAACUCGUUGCAGGAACUGUCAUUGGCCGGUUGCCCACGAAUCUCUGAGCGGGGACUGGCAUCCCUCCACCACCUUCAGAACCUCCGAAGGCUGGACAUCUCAGAUCUCCCUGCUGUGUCCAACCCAGGCCUCACUCAGAUCUUGGUGGAGGAGAUGCUGCCCAACUGCAAGGUUGUGGGGGCUGACUGGGCUCAGGACCUGAAGUUGGAGCCAGAGGAUCAGCCUCAGGACAGAGCCAACCCAGUCCCCACCUAGCUUUCAGCCCCCUCCCAACUCCAGUAGGAUCUCAGUGGAAUGGCUAUGGAAUGGCUGAAAGCUCACAACACUUCUAGCUUCUAGUUGGGAGUCGGGGUGUGGCACUCACAGAUCAGAGGGAAGGAAAGCAUGUGGUAGGGGUAUGUAUUCCUGGCUGCUCUUGGCUGAAGGUCACAGCAUGACACGAUGACAGCAGGCCUUCCCACACACCUCUCCUUCCCUGCCUCUUCAGACCUGGGGAGGCUUGGCUUCGCUGUAAGGAGCCCCAAGGAGCUGCACUCAUCUUCAUGGUUCCCCACAUCUGGCCCACUUGUCAAAAGACUUCUCAAAUUAUCCUCAUUUGAGUAUAUAGCCUUUUCUGAAUUUCAGAGACCCUGACUGAUGUGUGUGUGUGUGGAGGGGGUGUCUGCUACUGUCACUUCACAGGGAUGGCUCUUCCCUGUGAGACUGUUCUGCUCACUGUACAAUGUACUGCUGUACAUUGGCCCACACUUACUAAAGGCCCAUUAUUGAUUCAGUGACCUUCAGCUCCCAAGUCAACAUUUUUAUCUGCUCUGAAAAUGGAUAUGAGCCUUUGACAUGCUUUCUCUUUGCUAACAUGGCAGGCUUUGUCAGUAGAGGGCGUCUGAGAGACACUGUAGGAGGAAAGGAAUUUUCUUUCUUUUUUUUUGGUGGAGACAGAGUUUUAUUGCCCAUGGUAGAGUGUCGUGGCAUCACACAGCUCAC